CCUCUCCUCCAGGCACCUGAGACAGCAGCCAGCUCAGCACAGAGUCACACACACCCUGAGAAGGGCCCUUUGGCACCUGGGGGCCUGCGGAGCCUGGUGGCUCCAGUCCUAGUGUCACUCUCAGUAGUUCUGUUGAGACCUUGAUGCUUGCUGAAAACAGCCCCCCAUCAGACGCUACCGUCCCCUCUCCUCCGCCUUCUCCAUCCCCCCUCCCAGAACCCAUGAUCCUACGGGUGCUCAGGAAGGCCUCGACGAUAUCCAUCGAGACGGUAUCCAGGGAAACGGAGGGUCUGUUGGGGUCCCUGUGAGGGGCCGUGGUCCCGGUCACCUGCAGAGUGUCCAGCCAAUCCACUAUCAGCGUGUCCAGGGCCAGACUGACCCAUCCACCCUCCAAUCCCAGACGAGAUGCCGGCUCCCCAUUGGCCAGGAGGCGGGACAGCUCUUCAGGCCCCAGCAGGCUUUGCAGGGAGUAGGUGAGCGAGCAGCUAACCGUCACAGGGAAAGACGUGUCCCCCGCCGUUGUUAGGGGCAACGACACUUUCAUUCUCCCACCCGGCUCUAGUUUCUGGAAUGGAAAUGAGAAUGUUCGAGAGGUGUUCUCCACCCCUGCAGUAAGAGGGUAGGAUAAUGGUAGAACUCGCACACAGAACGUCCAGUUCUGUUCUAAAACGUAAGGACUAGAAUUGUCCAGAACACAGGUCAGAUUCAGGGAGUCUCUCUGUAGCAGGCGGCUCCACUUGGCAACAAUGUGACACCUGAUUGGCUUCUUGCUGACCCGAAGCUGCUCUCCACUGUUCUGAUUGGCUAGCAGUAGGCAACAGACAUUGAGCACCUGAUUCAGGUGUCUGAGGGAGUGGGUUUUGGACUGGAUGGUGCUUUUCAAUACAGAGGCUCUAAGGGACAAGCAAGAGCACAUGUAAAUUAACAUGUAAAAUAAGUACUAUUCAUCUUGAAUAAAACUUGUGUUAGAUCUACCAUUAAAUCUACUGCAUGCCUCCUCACCUCUCACACACAUCUCCGAUGGCUGCAAGGAGGUCCCUGACUCUCUGUCCCACCUGUGAUAAGGGGAGCCUGGGUACGCCCCCUCCCUCUGUCCCCUUAGGCAGGGUCAACCGCUGGAGCCUCCCUCGGAGAGACAACGCCACCAGCUGCACUAUGCCUGUAACACAUACACAAACAUGAUCAGUAAGAAAAUAAACUUGAUAACAAAAAUCGGUCGCAGAAAAUAUUGGUUGAGCUGAACACACACACACACACCUUACCUGAGGCAUUGUGUGAGGGCCCAGCCAGGGCAAUGACCCUGCAGACAUUCAGGCUGACAGGACUCUGUAGGGCAGCAGACUCCCUGGGUCUCACCAUGGCCUGUCCCUGGACUUGCCUCUCCCCGUGGCCCACCACCAGGCUCUCUCCUGGGCUUGGAGCUCCCUCUCGCACCCCUGGGAGAUCCAGGGCUAGAAGAUCUGAGCCUGUGCUGUAGUACAAGCCCUCCCUGCCUGCACACACACACACCACAGGCCCCGACACACACCCCUCCGUUAAGGCUGCUACCUUGCCCCCCUCCUCUGGCCCCCCUUCACAGGUCCUGACCAGCACCACCCUCCCCCAUCGGCCUACUGCCACCAAACACUGUGGACCAUCAUUUGUCCUGGUCGUGGUUCCGAUAAACGUGAUUGGCUGCUCCAGACUGUGUAGAACUCUAACGCGGGGGCCUGGUGGUCCCGGGAAAAGUAAGGGGAGGGAGCAGAGACGCCCAUCAGGCAGGCCGCAAAGGAUCAUGGGGGAGUUGAUGAGGGCAGCAUCGACGCCGAAGAGGAGCUUGAAGAGGAGAGGCUCCAGGAGAAAAUGUUCGACACCUAGUGAGGAUGAUGAUGACAAAGGUGGUAGUUUUGUUGUUGUUGAGGAUGAUGAAGAUGAUGACGAGGGUGGUGCAUCACUGCUGUAAACGCAAGCUAACACAGGUCGCAUGACCAGUCCUGUGCCGCCAUUUUCCUCGGAUUCGACAUGGUGACCAACUGAAACGACAGGUAGACUUAACUGAGUCAGUUUCUGGUGGUCAGCUGCUUUAUAGAGAGUAAACCACCAGGCUGCGUCUCCCAGGGAGACGGUCACCAAGGUCCCUCCGGACCCUCCCACCUCAAUCAGAGAACACACCCCCUCGUCUCUGGCUGCCAGCGAAUUAGACGACACCUUGAACAGAGCAGGGCCAGGGAAUUGGUCAGCUGGUGGAGUGGGAGACCUGGUGAGACAGGACAAGGGGGAGAGGGUAAUCAAAUAUACAUUUAAUUUUUGCAUGGUCAGUCUCAGUAGUUCAAAUGAAGAGGUUCAUACCUGGGGUUCAGAGUUGGUAGACUGACACAGUAUACCCCAUCACUCUCACAGACAGCAUAGAUGGACUGCUUGUCCUCACUCAGUACCACGUGACACACUGGACUCAGGAACUGAAGGACAGCCUGGAAUAACAGACAAUAAUCAACAAAAGAGGAGUGUUUCUUGUCCAUGAAGAAUAUCACAUAUAGUUGACAGCCAAGUUCAAAUAGACCCUGUUACUACAACUUCAGUGUUAAUCAAUAAUCGGUUCACCUGUUCACAAAUAAUCAGUUCCUUGUAAUUGUAUCACCUGCCUCUAUUCAUCUCAGUGUUUAUCAAUAAUCAGUUCCUUGUCAUUGUAUUACCUGCUACUCACCUGAGUGUUCAUCAAUAAUCAGUUCACCUGUUAUUCACCUGUGUGUUCACUGUUCAUCACUAAUCAGUUCCUGUUGUUCUUUAUUGAAGUGGGCGAAGUGUUUGGUUUGAGAUUCAGCCUUACCGUCAGUUUCAGCUUUUGUGUGUUGAAGACGGACACCUCGUCGCUCCCAGUACAAAUCAACACAUCUUCCCCAGACCAGAUCACUUUAGCAGCUGUACCCGGCGAAGGACAUCCGAACUCAGCCCAAGUCUCAACAACAGCACAUCUCGCCUCCAUAGCCGAGAACUGGAAAAAA